GAAGCAAGCGAGAGAAGCUGAUGAGUUUGAGAAGCCUCCUUGCUUAAGUAUUUUUACCUUAAGAAAAAUGGAUUUUACCGCCAAACAUGGUGCGGUGCUGCUUGAGCAGCUGAGGAAGAUGAGGGAGACCGAGCACCUCACAGAUGUCGUGCUGGUUGCUGAAGGCGUCAGCUUUCCCUGUCACCGCCUCGUUCUGUCCGCCUUCAGCCCAUACUUCCGUGUUAUGUUUACAUGCGGCCUCCGUGAGUGCAAUAACCGAGAAGUAUUCCUGCGGGACACCCCUGCAGACAGUUUGGCUCUACUCUUGAACUAUAUGUACACCUCAGAACUUCCUCUGGACAACAGCAACGUGCAAGGCAUCUCUAUCGCAGCUUUUCUAAUGCAAAUGGAUGAAGUAUUCUCUCGCUGCCAACAACACAUGACUGAGAACAUGGAUGCCACCAACUGCCUUGGUGUCUUUUACUUCGCACGAGACCUCGGUGCAGAAGAACUGGCCGAUCAUGCGCAGCGCUUCCUGAGGCAGCACUUCUUCCAAGUGUGCCAGCAAGAAGAGGUGCUGGACCUGGAGGCCCAUCAGCUUGGGAAGUUGAUCAGCUCAGAUGAUCUUAAUGUUUCAAGAGAAGAAACCAUUUUAGAUGUGGUUAUUCGCUGGGUCAACUACAUCUCUCCGAUUGAAGGAGAAGUGCGUAGCAAGCACCUUCCAGUGCUCCUCGGGAAAGUUCGCCUACCCUUGGUAAAUCCAGACUAUGUAAGAGAGAUGAUGAAGAGGAAUACAGCCUUGCUGGCUGACGCUGAAUGUCUGGAGAUGUUGAGUCAAGCCUUGGAGGACGUAGCAAUGCAUCCCUCUGCAGCACCACGCAAACUAAAAUUGCGUUUUGGGAUGGAGACCACAGAUUUGCUGCUCUGCAUUGGCAACGACGGCAGUGGGAUUAGAUCCAGAUACGGAAACUAUAGCGAGCGCAGCUUUUGUUUCGCCCCGUCAACAGGCCGAACCUACUACAUCACCUCACCUCAAUAUGGAGAGGCACUCGGGUAUGUAUGUGCCGGGGUUACAACCGAAGAAAACAACAUUAUAGUGUCAGGAGAGGCCGGGGCCCGAAGGAUGUCCCGUCAAAAAGAGAUGAAUAUUGAGCUCUACAGGUACAAAGUGGUUGCCCAAGGUAGUUGGGAGCAUCUCACAUCAGCAGAAUACCGUGAUUCAUAUGGUUUAGGCUCCUUGGGUGACACCCUGUACCUGCUGGGUGGGCUGAUGAAGCUUAAGAACCAGUUUCUCAUCACCAACAGCAUGCAGCGAUGGUCAUUGCAGGGAGGACCUUGGCGGAGCGCAGCACCUCUACCAAUGCCUCUGGCUUAUCAUAGUGUGGUCACGCUGAAGGAUCACCUUUAUGUGAUUGGUGGUAAAACCCCUCAGACAUACCGAAUGGAUGAUGAACCAGAGCGUCUCAGUAACCGCCUUCUUGAGUACAAUCCAAACAUAAACCAGUGGACAGAGCUGAGUCCAAUGAAGUACUCAAAAUACAGAUGUAGUGUUGUUGUGCUCAAUAGAGAGAUUUUUGUCAUAGGAGGUAUUGGUUGUGAGGGUGUGGACUGUGGGCAGUCCCGGCGCUGCCUUGAUGCUGUGGAGAUCUACAAUCCUGAUGGAGAUUUUUGGAGGGAAGGACUUCGUCUACCAUGCCCUCAACUAUCACUGCGCACUAAUGCAUCAAAUGCUGGUGUGGUGGGAGGAAAGAUUUACGUGUGUGGAUACUACAAAGGAGCAGAUCGCCAUGAUGACAUAACAAAGGACAUUUUGGAAUUGGACCCCUGGGAGAACCGAUGGACGGUGGUUGCUCGGCACGCUUUGAUGCAUGACAAUUAUGACGUUUGCUUAGUGGCAAGUCUGAAUCCGAGGGGACUGAUAUCCGCACCUGCAGAUCUAUUGCAGUAAAAAAAAUGCAGGAAAAUGCUUGGAUUUUGACAAUGAAAUGACAUUGAUAACGCACUUAGACUGUAGCAUCAAGGGAAAAGGGCAAUUUUUCUUAAGUAGCAUUAAGUAAGUGUUUUGAAAGAAACUGUACUUGGUAGGGAAAUACAGUGCAUCGAGAAAGUAUUCACAGCCCUUCACUUUUUCCACAUUUUGUUAUGUUACAACCUUAUUCAAAAUGGAAUAAAUUCAUUUUUGUCCUUAAAAUUAUACACACAAUACCCCAUUUGCUUGGUGAUGAGCGGUGUCUGGUUUCCUCCAAACAUGACGCAUGGCAUUCACACCAAAUAAUUCAAUCUUAGUCUCAUCAGACCAAAACAUUUUGUUUCUCAUGGUCUGAGUCUUUCCGGUGCAUUUAGGCAAACCUUUUACAAUAAAAUGUCUUCUGUCUGGCCACUAUAAUAUACAGAUCUGCAGAGAGGGUUGUCCUUCUGGAAGGAUCUCUUCUCUCCACAAAACAAUGCUGUAGCUCUGACAGAGUGACCAUCGGGUUAUAGACUAAGAUGAUUACAGCAAUGGACAGAGACAUCCUGGAUGAAAAACAAUGCUUCCUAUCCAACUUGAUGGAGCUUGAGAGGUGCUGUAAAGAGGAAUGUGCGAAACAGCCCAAAAUAGGUGUGCCAAGCGUGUGGCAUUGUAUUCAAAAUGACUUGAGGCUGUAAUUUCUGCCAAAGGUGCAUCAAUAAAGUACUUAGCAAAGGCUGUAAAUACUCAUGUACAUAUGACUUUAUAUUUAAUAAAUGUACAUAUUUAAAAAAAAAAACAUUGUCAUUAUGGGGUAUUGUGUGUAGAAUUUUGAGGACAAAAAUUAUUAAUUCCAUUUUUAGAAUAAGGCUGUAACAUAAAAUGUGGAAAACGUGAAGCGCUGUGAAUACUUACUUUCUGGAUGCAGUGUAUACAGUAUAUUUCUGUAAACUUCCUAACUACGGUACUCUAAAAUGUUUUACUGUGAAUGAAUUAUGUUUGUUAGUGUUAAGCAUAUGCAAAUUACGUAUUUCUGCUGCUUUUUCUCUUUUUGUCAAACAUCUACAGUAUAAAAAAAUUCUGACAGUAAAAACAAUUUUUUGAUGCUGCAUUAACAGGCGUUAAGUACAGGGACAAUAAUUGUUAGCUAUGUUAGCUAUUGUUAGCAACUA